GUGGUGAUGUCUUACAGGAUUAUUGCAGGUAACUGCAAGUGACCUGAAUGGUUACAACACAAAUCUGCAUGCGAUAACAGUGGUAAAUUUGGCAGUGCUCAUGGGUUGGUAGUUCUUCAAGUAGGAGACAGGUGUGCAUUUCAAGUGCACUUUUACAACAUGGUUAUUAAUUUAAAGGGUUCUCUGGCAAGGUCCUUCCCAAAAGGAGGAGUGACCAAACUCUGGCACAGUGCCUAUGGAGUAUCAUCCUUGGACAUACUCGAAAGCUGUCUGGACAUGGUCCUGGGCUCCUGGCUGAGUAGCUUCUACUUUGUCCCAAAUGUAUUAAACCCUCAAGUUAGGGUACCCAGUGCGGUAGCUGGACCAGAAGCAGUAAGAUCAAAACUAGUGUAUUGCCUUUGCCCUUGCUUGCCUCAUAUGGAUUGAAGGAGACAGAGGGACACAGAGCAUGGUAAUGAGGCUUUCUACCCAUCGGGGUGCUACUGAACACCAUUCUAAAACAAGGCAUGAAUCUGCAUGGGUUCUGACCAAGCAGAGUGUAGGCUGUGGAUUGCUGUUUCCGUUGCAGUACCUUUGUUUCCCAGUGUUGGAGCUGUGCAGAGCUGGCUUUGUCUGCCUGCAAACAGUGCGUUAUCAUAUGCUGAUGUAUGCGAUAACCAACUGUGAUCUCACUAGAUGACAAAUAUGUGCCUAGUGAGCUUACACAUUGUUUUUAUUUGCUGUUGAGGGGGUGUUGUGUACACACCAAAAUACUUCUAAGCAAUUGGUGUAGAAAUCAACAACUACAUUAAGGUCGAUAUUGCCACCAGGACUCAUACAGACUUUGUUUUCUAUUUGGUGCGAGUUUUCUGUGCUAGAGGGAAUAUGUACAGAAUUAAUGUUUAUUAUCAGCUUGAAGAUAGUCUCUUGGAUACUGGAAUCUGAUUUCAACCUACUGUAAGUUUUUGCUUCUUCAAACGGCACAAACUAUAACCAUUUGGGAAGGUAGCUCCAUGUUACAAAACCUUCACAUCAUUCUCAGGCUUCUAAGACUGAUUAUGGGCCUUUCCUAUUCCUCAUUUUCUGUGAGUGUGUGAAACCACUGUGUUUUUGUUUGUUUGUUUCGGAUUUGUGUUUGAAAAGGUUGGAAUUUUGUUUGGUUUUGUUUCCACUCCCUGAUAGAUCCUGUAUCUCAGUCAUUCAGUCUACAUACACCAGCCAUGCACCUGUUGUGACGGGAGUUAUAAGCUUCACUGUCUAUUUACCAACUGUUCAGGCGGUUGCAUCUCUAAUGUGCUUUAACAGUUUUCUCUCUGCUUACUCUGGCUGCAAGAGUGUGAUUGUAAAAGAUGCCCUCAUGGUUUUCUUAAAGAAAUUGUCAAGGAGGGAUGAUCUGACGUUUAGGAAAAGCAUUUAAUCUGGAGCUAGUCAUGCUGUUUGUCAUAGUAACACUGAGAUGAGUAUUAUAGGCCAGCUGGUUGUGAAGGUGUCCAUUUUCAAUGCAGUAACAUCUGGAAUAGCAUGAGAUUUGUGGUUUUCCUUUGCUUAAAAAACCGUUGGCUUAAAUUAAAGCUUUCCAGAUAAAUUCUAGAGAGCUGCUAAAUUUGGAAGGUGCCAAAAGAGAUUUAAGCUUUCAUGUUGCUUUGGUUCUGUUUUCCCCAUUAGCCCUCUAGUUUCCAUCCAUGUCCCCCUCUGCACUGCCUGGUGUCCCUGCCUGGAACAACCAUUCCCCUGCUCCUUCCUGCCCUUGUGCUCCUGCGGUUUAGCUGAAUGCCUCAGGGUUAUCCAUCAGCUACUACAGUGGGAUCUUGUUUGUGAUUCUGCCUGGAAAGUCCACAUUGCAAAAUUCUCCCUACUUGUAGGAUUAAUCUUCGGCCACUUGAUAACAGGAUGUAUAGCUGACUGGGUUGGUCGACGGCCCAUACUGCUCUUCUCUGUCAUAUUCAUUUUGAUAUUUGGACUGACUGUGGCACUCUCAGUGAAUGUGACAAUGUUCAGCACACUCAGGUUUUUUGAGGGGUUUUGCCUGGCUGGAAUAGUCCUCUCCCUGUAUGCAUUGCGAAUAGAGCUCUGCCCCCCUGCACACCGGUUCAUGAUCACCAUGGUGGCGAGCUUCAUUGAAAUGGCGGGGCAGUUCCUGAUGCCGGGGCUGGCUGCUCUCUGCAGGGACUGGCAGGUCCUCCAGGCAGUCAUCAUCUGCCCCUUCCUGCUGAUGCUGCUCUACUGGGUUAUUUUCCCAGAGUCCCUCCGGUGGCUGAUGGCUACGCAGCAGUUUGAGGCAUCCAAGGAACUUAUCCUGCAGCUCACCCGCAAGAACAGGAUGAACGCGGAAAGCGACAUCAAAGGAGUGGUGCCUGAGCUGGAAAAGGAGAUCACUAGGAGAUCGAAGAAAGUCUGCAUUAUCAAAGUGGUGGGAACCAGGAACCUGUGGAAAAACAUUGUGGUAUUGUGUGUGAACUCGCUGACCGGCUACGGCAUUCACCACUGUUUUGCAAAAAGCAUGAUGGGGCAUGAAGCGAAGAUGACGAUUACCCAGAACUUCUAUGCAGACUACUAUACCAUGGCUGGGAUUGCGCUGGCAUCCUGCCUGGCCAUGUGCCCUGUGGUUGGGUUCCUGGGGAGGAGAGGAGGGCUCCUGCUCUUCAUGAUCCUUACAGCCUUGGCAUCGCUUCUGCAGCUGGGCCUUCUGAACUUGAUUGGAAAAUACAGUCAACUUCCAGACUCAGGUAUGAGUGACAGUGUCAAAGACAAGUUCUCUACCGCAUUUUCCAUUGUGGGGAUGUUUUCUUCGCAUGCCGUUGGAAGUCUCAGCGUAUUCUUCUGUGCCGAAAUCACACCCACAGUAAUAAGGGGCGGAGGGCUGGGGCUGGUCCUGGCCAGCGCGGGUUUUGGCCGCCUGACUGCACCCAUCAUGGAGCUGCACAACCAGAAAGGCUACUUCCUGCACCACGUCAUCUUUGCCUGCUGUACGCUCAUCUGCAUCAUCUGCAUCCUGCUGCUGCCGGAGAGCAAGAACCAGAACCUGCCCGAGAACAUCCCGGACGGGGAGCACUACACCAGGCAGCCCCUCCUGCCUCACAAGAAGGGCGAGCAGCCCCUGCUCCUCACAAACUCUGAACUCAAGGACUACUCGGGCCUUCACGACUCAGCAACUGUGAGCGACGGCAUCUCUGAGAACACCACUGCCAACGGGAUGAAGUCAAUGUAACUGGGUGGAUUUUCUCCUUUUUUUUUAUCGUUUUUUUUUUGUUUGUUUGUUUGUUUCUUUGGUGGUUUGUUUUUGUUUUUUUUUUUCCCUUCUCCCCUUCCUUUUGUAUUUUUAUUUUGAUGCUGUUGUGCAGGAUGAACAGCACUUUGGGCAAAGGUGUUUUGCGCAGGUUUUACGAGCCAGUGAUGGAGCAGAUGCAGACUUGGGGGAAUCCAACUCUGUUGCUAAAGCAGCUUGCAGGAGUCAUCAGCUGUUGUGCAGAUUGCUCUUGAAGAAGUUAUGGGGGAAAAUACUCAUCUGAGAAAAGACCUGGCUGGAGGUAGCCCUUCAGAACUCUUUUUUCCUGCCAUUAAAUAUGUAUAUUUAUUUUGAUUUAUUCUCAAGAAGCACUUUAUUUCCUUUUCCUUUCGUAGAUCACAAAAAUGAAGCCAUCUUAUUAUAAGAGGUGCAGCCAUUCCAAGAAAGAAACCGUGGGGGGGGGGGAGGUUGUUUUUUGUUUCCUUUUUGUGUUCCUUUAAAGGAAGGAGGUAUCACCGCAAAGUUGAAUCGACUGAAACUUUGACUUGUGCAACAUUCUUCUGCCUGUCUAGAGAGGCAAAGCGCCCAGGUUGCCUGCUGUGUUUGUAUACACCAAAAAAAAAAGAAGAAGAAGAAGAAACAAAGCAAAACCUGUUGUGACUCAAAUUCUGACUGCAUUUUAGGCAGCUUAUGGUUUUUUUUAUAGCCCAUGUGCAUUUAAAAGUUACUUUCUAAAUUAGUACGGGUUUUUUUUCACCAAAUGCAUUGAAGAAAAUCCUACCCAAACAAGCUGAUUUUUCAGUGAGAAUCAGCUUUACACAUUUUAAGAGUCUGUUAACCUAUUUUAGACUGUUCCUGCUGGUGUUUAGUACUAAUGUAGAUGUAAACGAUUUGACCAAUGAUGCAAAAAUUAGUUUUGCCAAGAAUGGCUUUAAUUACUAGGAGGUCCUGAAUCUACAGUUGACUGCUCCAGAAGAGCACAGACCAGAAGCAACAAAAAGCAAGGAGCAUUGGCUGCGGUUUGUACUUCUAUUUCCCAAGGCAGCGUGGCUGCGAUUGCCGCUCCUGGGAAAUGAGCGUGCUGGCAUUGCCCUGCCUGUGUUUAGAACCAGAGGUUUUGUUACCAAUUUAAGUGGACAAAAUGUUUAAGUGACUAUCAGAAAGGAAGGAAUUGAUAGCCUGUGAAUGAUUUAAUGUCUGUUGUUGGCCGUCUUGGGACUUUCUGAGAUGUUUUCUGGUUCUGACCCAUGAAUACUCGGUGAGCUCACCUGUACUUUCCCCCUCUCCCAACUGCUUUUGUAGGAUUUUCUUUCAGGAAAAAAAGAAAAAAAAAUUAAAUGGGGUCAAUCCCACUCUGCUACUCUAAGGAAAGUGAACGUCCGAUUUGUCACAUACUGUAUGGAUAGCACUUCGAUCACGGCCACUUGACGUCCUUCCUUUGGAUUCCAAGCCAACUACUUGUAUUGGCCAUCAGCUUUUGGUUCUCGCUGUGUGAUGACUGUGAGGAUCCAAUUCAGUGCAAGGAUGUUGUAAACAAACAGCUUUCUUGCAUUGUAGUUAACCUCUCUCCUCUCCCUCCCUCUUUUUCCUUUUCCACUCAGGCCAUCCAUUUGUGAUUGCGCAGUAGUGCAGACAUUUGAACAAACAGAGCAGCAGGAUGUCAGUGUUGUAUUGCGUGUCCAUAUGAUUGCCACUUUGUUUGAUGUACACCUUGCGUUUGCAAGCACGGAAAGCGCUUGUUAGCACUUUCCUCCUCUACCUGCCCUCCCCCUUCCUCCUUUGCUGUAUAUAAAUUGUCUACUAACUACUGAACGUAACAAUUUCCAUCCUCCACUAGGCUGCUGAUGUCCUCUUCCAGUCCCCAGUAAAUCAGAGAGGUGCUCCCAUGGCAGGCACUGAGGUACACAGCACAGCUCAGAUACUGCUGAGCAGGAGGACAGGUAGACCUGCGGAAGUGACAGAGUUUGUCGUGUUCAGUAUAGCAAUGUUGUCCUUAAGCUACUAAUGUUUGUACAGAGGAUGUGGACAUUUGGGUUCUUCCUGAGCCCGGUACGAAACACUGGACCAGUCGAUGAUAAUUUUGCCCAAAAUUACACUACUGUUUUUUCAUCUCUGCUAGACUUGCUGUGACGGCGAGAGCCUGAUCUUCCUUACACCAAAGUUUUAUUGCCCAGCUUGAGAGUGGCCAUUUCCCUCUUCCUGUUCUGUGCUGACUUCCACGAUCUGUGCUCACCUAAGGAAAACCCAAGGCCUUUCAAGUCCACGCAGUAUCCACGUGCCAAAUUUGUACAAUACCUCCCGCCUUCAAUAUAAGACGUUUGUGGCAAGCACAAUGGGGGGAAGAAGUGGGUUCACAAGGGAAAUUGACGAGGCAGAACAAGUUUGAAGGGAAUAGAAAAGGUCUCUGCGUGUGUACUCAAGCUGCGGUACGGCUCUUGGAGCCCAUUCACACAGCUGGCUGCUUCCAGCACCGUCAGCAAUCCCGGUGUGCUCACCGCUGGUGUCCACAGCGCUUUAUCGUUUCCUAUUCUGGUGUUUGCUCUCUGAGGACAGGCAGGCCCAGGGAAGAGAAUGCUUGUUUGAACAUAUCAACCUUUAUGUAAUGAACACGAGGUGACAGGAAUAUUUGGCGCUUUUUGUUGUUGUUAAUUCUUUAAAAAGUGACAUGAAUUACUGCAGGCUUUUUUUUUGCUUGCCUGUAAACAGAUACUUGGUACUGAUCUGCAGUGUUGGGAGUCCCAACUUCUCAGGCCGGUUUGGCCCUCCGCCUCCAUCAUGAUAAUAAAACACAAAAUCGGUAGCUCAUUUUGCACCUUCUGGAAAGAUGAACAAUUAUGUCUGUUUUCUUCUGUUUUUGUUUCCUUCUCCCCACACUCGUGUAGCUGGAAAGCUUUUCUUAAGCUUCUCUGGUGUGGGAGAGCUCGGAGGAGCAGUUGGGUGCCGCAGGCAGACACACAGUGCCUCGUUGCACAGCCAUCGGCUCUUCCAUCCGCUCCUCUGCAGCCACGGCCAGGAGCUGCUCUUUGCAACGGCCGUUUCUGGCCACCACAGUGCAGGAAGCACUCUGAGUUGUCCUGUCCACGUUGGCCUUUUUCUGUGAGCCUUCGGUAACCUCUGAGCCCAUCCAUGGAUUUUUUUCUUUCGGCUUACCAUUCAAGGGCUUUCUUCUUUCUUUCUUGUUUUGAAGAAAAAUGUGAAAGUGACAUUAUGCUUGCUCUUGGUUGUCUUUCCUUUAAAGGUUUCCGUAACACUUGUGCUGCCCGACACACUACAGACAGAUACAGACAGCGUGGAGAAAGCUGUCAUCUGUUUGGAGGUGUUUUCUGGCACGUGUGAGAGGGUUCCGUCUGAUUUACCUUGCAGUUUUGGUGAGCACGCUUGCUGUAUGGUUGUUGGGUUUUUUUAUUACUUUUUUUUUUUUAUGGAAGUAUUUUGCUUAACUGUUGCCACUUCCUGGAGCCAAACACUAAAGGUCACCAAAUUGGAAGCAGAAGUGCCAUUAAAUGAACUCUGUGAAUGUCAAGUCGAGUUGCGCCUGUAGCUGGCACAUAAGACAACACUAUAAGUGUGGGAUCAUCUCUCCCACUGUAACUUUUUUUAAGAAAAAUGACAAACCUCAUUUUAAAUGUAUUGUGUAAAACGUUUUGGGAAAGGAGUAACAGUGUGUUAUGUCUGUGGGUGAGACUUCCCUCCCCAUUGCAGUUUCUGAUGAAAUUUUAAAGAAUCGUGUUACUGUAUGUUUUGAUCAUGAAUAGUCUGGUGGUGCUUCCUCAUAGCACAAGCUUAAAUCGAGUACUGAAAACAGUCUUACAAGCUAAAUGUCUGCAUGAUGUUACAUCCGUUGUACCUACUGAGAAACUUUGUAUGUAAAUGUACAGAAUAAAAAGAUGUUGUCCCAUC